CACCCUCAAAGCUCACAAGCGAAUCGACGACCUCGCCGAUGAUCUGGAUGCGUCAGAUCUCAGGGAGCUCAUGGAACGCGACCAGAGAAGGCGGCAGAGGAAGAGAGAAAGGACAUGCAGAAAGCAGAGAAGAGGCUGGCUCGAAAAAUGGAAAGGCAACGUGAGGAAGCAGCCAACGUUGAUACUCCAACAAUGAACCUAGAAAGGGGAGUCCUAGGUCGGGAGAUGACCGGCCUCGAGGACCCGGCAUCUGUGACGAUCACGUCGUCGCGGAGGAGACAGUCAGCAGAGUCCACAGGCCCAGGUCUCGAGGCGAAUACGGUGAAGCGAUCGAGCGAGGACCAUGAGCAAGAACGCGAGAGAGAACAUCGCUCCGUAACACCUCUAGGUGAAUUCCACAGGACGAACAGCGGCCUUUCGAACUCCACGGCGGCGAUCGAGGAUGCCCCUCCAUUGACACCACAAGAGACAACUCGACCAAAGUCGAUCAGCCCGACCAUCAUGAGCUUUAUACGCUCACGAAAGUCUGGAUCGAAGUCUCCGCCUCACGAUGAGCGGCAUUUUUCCCGCCCCGCAGCCGCCAGUACCUCUCCGUCACGAGCCCGGGCGGAAUAUGCUGAGUCUGCGGCCAGGACUUCAGAAAGUGGCUCAUCGCGACCAUGGCUUUCGUUCUUCAAAUGGGGAGGCAGACGAAGAAGUUCGGUAGGACCAGCUUCGUUCUCUAAUACUUCACGAGACUCCAUGCAAGGCUCACAAACCGGGCCACCCCCCGUUGUCAGUUCCACAACGGGGCGCCGUCUGAGCUCUGGUGUGCCGAAACGGACCAUGUCGCGUUUCCGCGAAGGUCUUCCUGAACACCCAUUAUCGCCUCCAGACUCGCGUGUAGGAUCGCCCGAGGUCCAUGCCGGGUCCUCGGAACGUCUGCCCCAAAUUACCGAUGACAUAGAGCGCCACGAAGAGGCGAACUUCAACUCGGACACCAAACCAAUACCCAUCCCUACCCGCCAUCAAGAACCGCAGUUGUCACCCGUCCCACUCUCGAUGUCACUUGCGUCCGUAGACUCAGAAGGCUCUUGGCUGUCUGGCUGUAUAAGCCGUCAGAGUCGCCAGAGGGCGUCCUCCGGGGCACUGGGGUCGUCUGUCGUGCACCCAAUGGCAAGCACGUCAGUCAUCUCUGAAGUCCAACAUUCAGACCACACCGAUGAUGACAGUAUUGCCGCGGAUGAGUACCUGAACAAGGCUGUUCCUGCUAGCCCAGUUGAGCUAAAUGCUGGCCACGCACAUGCGAGCAGCGACGACGACUCCGCAUACGAGACACAAUGGGGCAGUGUAAGCCGAAAGCCUACCGUGACGACGAAGGCAAGGAGAUCUGACUUGCUGCCUGAGCACCUGCCUGCCUAACGGCCUCGUCGAGGCAUCACACAGCAGAACAAAAGACCGAACAAGGCAUCCAGCAAGUGGGAAGCAAAAACCAAUCUCCGAUGCACGCGACGGAGUUCGCACUCACUGGCGAGCGUGUACUCGCCAGAAAUGGCUCCUCAACCGCCAAGCGGCUUUCUUCUCACAUUCAACUCGCAUCAAGAACAAAUAUACUUUAAGACUGAUCCGCUCAUGAGUUCUCUACUAUACGUGGGAAAAUAGAAUCCUCUACAAAAUUUCUCGUCGCCUCUUCUUCGAUA